UCGCUCUUCACGUGAGCAGGCGGGGCAAUGUGCGAUCGCCGUUUCCAAGGCCCAGCGACGGCGCUUCCCUGCCGAUCCACCAAGCAAACACCCAAGGAUCCGACAUCAGCAUAUCCUGUCGCCAUGGCUCGCCACCACCCCGAUCUGAUCUUUUGCAGGAAGCAGCCCGGAAUCGCUAUCGGGCGACUGUGUGAAAAAUGCGACGGCAAGUGUGUCAUCUGCGACUCGUACGUCCGGCCGGCCGAUCUUGUGCGGAUCUGUGACGAAUGCAACUACGGCUCGUAUCAAGGACGCUGCGUAACCUGCGGAGGCCCAGGAGUGUCGGAUGCCUACUACUGCAAAGAGUGUGUUAUCAUGGAAAAGGAUCGUGACGGAUGUCCAAAGAUUGUGAACCUGGGCAGCAGCAAAACAGAUCUGUUCUAUGAGCGGAAAAAGUUUGGAUUCAAGAAAAGGUGACCGCCACUUCAACCAAUGCUUCGAGCUAUGCUUCAACCGACGCUUCAGCCGCCGCUUCGACCGAUGCUGUCCCGAUGUUUGGUCGAGUCUGCGCCCUUUGAACUAGGCCGCUUUGGAAUACAGCCCUUGCAAGACCAUCUGGCCACCCUGAAUGGUCCAGAGCGGGCCGCACAACCAUGACUUUGAGCACGCUGGCUGGCCUGGUGGCUGCGGAUUCGUGUG